AUGCAUAGGUUCUACACCUUCACAAUUGAGAAAGAAGCACAAAAGGAUUCUUGUCCUUGCAUCUUCUUAAUGGAGAGGAAGGGACACGGUGGCAUCCAGGGCAACUGCUAUGGAUAUUUUGAGGCCAAGAAGACAUGGGAAGAAGCUGAGAUUGAGUGCCAGAGUUAUCAUCGUGGGACACAUUUGGCAUCCAUUCUCACUCUUGCAGAGACUCUCGUAGUGGCUAAUCACAUCAUGUCCUACCAAACUAAACCCAGCAAUGUAUGGAUUGGAUUGCAUGACAUUAGACAUAAUGGAAAAUGGAGAUGGUCCAAUGAAUCCACCUACAACUACAAGGCAUGGAUGUUGGGAAAACCCAACUUGAGAACCAAGGAAUAUUGUGUUGAGUUGGUCCAUUUCACUAAAUGGAACAACACUGCAUGUCACAAACUGAAUGCCUACAUCUGCAAGCAUGAAUUGUAGGGAAGAGACCCUGAUUCCAAAGGGUGAGAGGUUUGCAUGAAUUGGAUUCAAAGAAGAACAGAAUCUCAGGCCCUCAUUUUUGAAGAGACAUUCUUUAGACACGAUUCAUACAGAUCAUCCUCAAUAUAACUCAUAGUAUCUGGUAUUAAGAUUUUCUGUUUUGUGUUUGCAUCAGAAAUUUUAGCAGGAAACUCUGGAAAGGCAGUUCUAUGUUCUGUGCUGACAGUUACUUACACCUCAGAUUAUUUGGGAAAGAUUCCUAAUAAUUAAAAUAAUAAAAUACUCAGUUAUGUUGAAACUUUCUUUGAAUCUUCAGCAUCCAAACAUGUUUCUCAAACUCCUUAUAGGGUGGGGGUGGUAUCAGUUAAUGGGAUAAUUAAGGAACAAAAUAAUUUAUAUGACACGGACCUGAACAAUUCUCUGAAUCAUUUCACUUAUUUCCUUCCCAACAUGAUCAAUUCCUGCAAUGCUCAAGCUGAAGGAUAGAAGCAGAAUAUUUUACAUGCAGCGGUUCUUGCUUGCUUUCUGUUUUGAGUCAGUUCUUAAAAUGUGAUUUU